CUUUUCCCACUGCACUUUAGUCGGCAGACUUUUAUCGAAACGUGCACAUCACCAGCGGGCGCACACACAAAGAAAAUAUACACACACAUAUAUUGUUAUAGCCAAUAUAUCCUUCGAACCGAAAAAUACUCGCGAGUGUAAAUCAAAGUUUUCCAGCUUUCUUUAUUUUUCCAGUGCGAAAAGUAAAGCAAUUGCAUCCAUCCAACAGAGAGAUUAUCCUUUCGCAAACCAAACAAAACAGAAAUGGCCGCCUACGCUGCUUUUAAACACGUUGAGCUUUACAAUGUUGGCAAAGCCAAAAAGAGGGUGCUGAGGCCCCCGGGCGGUGGAUCGAGCGACAUCUUUGGAUCGGAGAUGCCGCAGACCCCCAGGAACGUGAAGAAUCGCAUGGUGUCCAACAUAUUCGCUGCCGAGAAAGAUAAUGGAGUGAAAAACAACGUACGACAAGGAGCUCACAGAUUCUAUUUCAUUGGUGAUGCACCACGUCGCGGCCAGAAGACCGUCGACUCUCACUCUCGGCUGUUUGGGGAACCCAACCGCCCGAUCACGCCCGGCAAGAACCACAUGAAGAGCAGCAUUCCCUUUGGCGGGCAGAACUCAGAGGCAGCCGCCGCCCAAAAGCUGCUGACCACCAAUGGCCACUACAAUGGCAAGAGCGGAUCGGUGUCCUCUGCCUCGUCUUCGGUGUCGUCCUCGACUGAGAACCUCAAGAUGAACAACGGCUCGAGAUCAGUCUUUCGCAAUAUGAGCACAGCAGGACUAGAUAACAAACAAUCAUCUCCCCUCGAACGUGAUUCCUUGUGUCCCCAAACUCCUCCAGUGCCCAUCGUCCGUCCAGUUCCCCAGACCGACGCUCUAUCUAUCGACAAUUCUUGCCGGGAUAGCGAAGUAGGAGACGUGCCAGCAGAUAACUCGACCUUUACGGAGUCUGAUAAGGUAGACGAAGCCAAUCAAACGCGCAGCGACACAGGAGUUAAUCCUGACCGGCCGUAUUCGCUGAACAAAAUGGAGGGCGUACCGGAUUUAAAGGAGCCUCUGGGGCUCUGCCCGAAUGACGUUAAGGAAGUGGAGCAAGAGUGUUCCAAGAUAGGUUCUCGCAAUCCUAUCACGGGUCUUGGUCUUAAUGGAGAUGGUGUUGGCGGUCUCAAGCCGAGAAAGCUCAAGAUCCGAGAGGGCAACCCCGUCACAGGCGAGGGCUACAAGGCAGGAGGCAACGAUUUCCACCAGCGCCAGGAAUCGUCCAAUGGCGGCACUCCGGUGAUCAACAAGAACCGUGUCCCACCAGGCGGCUACUCGUCGGGACUCUGGUAAUGACGACUGGAAUUGCUCUGAUCCCAGCACAAGCAAUGUGGGGCCGUUGGCGGGACGAGACACCAUAAGAAAAAAAGCAACAAAACAAGCAAAAAUCAUACUACCCAUAUAAUAUUACGCAUAACCCUUACCCGCAUCCAAGAAAAACAGCUCAGAAAACCGAAUGGCAGAUUGGAGAAAUGGCCAACGAAUAUUUAAGCGAGAGAAUAACAAUUGCUCAACGAUCUGAAGAUGCAGAAAACGCAUGCAUCGAUGCUGUACACCCAAACGAGAAUUAAUCAACCACAUUUAAGCGGCCGACGCACUUUACCUAUCACUACCAACCACCACCAUCACCACCCCAUUGCAAAUCUGUAAUUUAAAUUCCUUAGUUCGUGUAAUUCCAUGUAACGCGUGUAGCACGUAGCCCCCACAAGAUACGCCCACGUUGAAGCAUCCGAUCCCCGCCCGUCAGCACCUGCAUAUUAUAUGAUAUUCCGGUUAGGUAGGACACCUACAUCACCCCGGUGUGUGCAUGCGUGUGUGUGUGAAAAGAAAAGGGAGCGGGAAGCAAGGAUGCGAGCGGCGGCCGGAUGGGAUCCUUCAAUCACUUUUGGACCUUCGAUUUAAUUCUAGUUGCAUACUACACGCCACAUCUAUAUUUAUAUUUAUACCAACCGCAUUCACACGAACACUCACAUAAACACAUACAUAAUAUACAUUGUAUUACAUUACAUUAAAUAUGUAAUUUAAACGGUACCACUGUACGUACUAAUGUGCACGUACUAAUUAAGUGUAAAAAUACAAAAUUCAAGCGCGAAUCUUUGUUCAAUAAAAACCUUUCGUACAUAA